AUGAGAAAAAUUAAUAUUUUUAUAAACACAGCAAUUUCCCCACCCAAUACAGCGGCUAUUUAUAAUCCUUCGAAUGGGCACUAUUAUCAAUAUCUAGAUGAAAAAUCUUUUACAUAUGGAGAGGCUUUAAAUAUACAACAAAGCGAUUUCACCUCAAAUAUUUCAACAAGUUAUAAAUAUUAUUUAUUAACUUUAAAUGAUUAUGCGGAAUAUCAAUUUAUUAUGAACCUUACUAAAUCCAUCCAAUUGGAUGUUUGGUUAGGAGCAGUUCCAAUGGAUGUCGACCAGAAUAGUUGGGCAUGGCGAAAUGGUACUGCCAGAUCACAAGCUUUCUACACCACCUACCCAGAGCGAUGCUAUCAGUUCUGUGGUGAUUUCUCAGGAAAUCUCAAUACUUCACAGCCACACCUUUGGUUCCAAACCUAUGGAGCCAGUUUGAAUUUCUUUGGUGCCGAUGCAACCUCAAAGAAAUAUGUAAUCCUAGAAUUUGAACAGUUUUCUGACGGUCCUAUUUUAAUGUACCAAGAUUCAACAGCCACUGAAAUUCCAAUUACACUCAACAAUAUUGGAAGCAUUACCGCAAUAACAUUCGAAGGUUCUAAUUUUUGUAAUUCCAUAGUUCAAAAUAAUUUGGUUGCCAAGUGCCUUCUUUCGCCGUCAUUGAUAAAAUCCGGAAGAUCAAUCCCAUUGGUUAUCACCAGCGGGUCCAAUACCUGGACAACCACAUACCAAUUCAAUUCUCCAUGGAUAUUUUCAAUGGUUCAAAAGGAUGCCAACACAUAUAUAUUCCAAGGUAUCAAUUUGGAUCUUGUCUCACCUAUCGAAGCUUAUCCUUUGUCAGUAAGUGGUACUCUUUACACACCAUCUAGAAGUGCUUCCAGUGCCGGUAUUCUUCAAUGGACUAUACCUGCCAAUCAAGUUACUGCUGUUUCUAAAUUAAAGAUUCAAACCACACAAUCUUUAUAUGUCACUAUCAACAGAAUAGCAAUUUAUGAUGGUACAACUCAGAGAUUCUAUAGUUAUUUCCCAAAUAUCAAUAACUAUCUUCUAGCCAGUAAAAUUACAGCAGCAUCAACAUUGAUGUAUAAUACUGCCAUUCCUGCUUUGGAUGUAGUUUCCAGUAAUCUCAAUACAUUCUUUAACCAAAAACUUGGAUUUUCCGGUUCAAACUAUUGGACAUCGAUUACUGUCAACUCCAGUGGAACCUUUUGGAACAACCAGCCGAUCACCGCUACUAUUCAAGGUACAACUCAAGGUCCUUACUACUUUUACAACUCUCUGGGACCUAGCAUCGUUGGAAUGUCUCAAGCCGAGGCAGAUGCAUACGUUGGAGUUAACAUGGGUGUUAUUCUCGUCUACGGAUAUGGUGAGGCACUAAUGUCCACACCUUACAGCUUUGGUUCCGACGCAGGUACCGGUGCCACUUUGGUAAUCCCAAUGAUUUCCAAUUUCUUUGCACCGGAAGUACAAAUCACCUCAAAUGUGAGCAGUAUUGUAACCACUGCCGAAUUUAACAGCAGAUCUAUUUUCGUAAUGGUUCCAAAAGCUACAAAUUAUGACAUCGUCUAUGCCAAAGUUACAAUUAAAAGUAACUACACUCAAGAUAGAACCAUUACAUUCAAAUACUCUAUCAAUACUCCAAAUAUUACAUCUGUUACCUUCAAUCCAACCACAGGAAGGUUAGCAAUAACUGGUACUAGUUUUAUAUAUGGUUUACAAGUUAAGGGAUUCAAAAACAUAUGGACUGGUUCAGAGGUCAACGAGUUGGGAUAUAUGUUCCAAGAUUUCCCUGGUACAUACCAAAUUUAUCUUGUAGAUACUUUUAAUACAGUUAGAAGCCCAACAUUUAGUUUUACAACACCCAACUUUUCAUGGUAUACUUAUAAAAGUGGUGAUGUUCCAAUGGAACCAAGCAAAAUGACAGUUACCGGUGUUGAAUUUGGUAGCAAUCCUAGCUUUUAUCAGCAAAUCAAAUCAAUUAAUUCGGAAGUUCUAGCAACAAUGAUCAACACAUCGGCUUAUGAACUUUCGUUACCAGCAAGUCAAACAUCAGAUGUAAGCUUUUAUAUUGUAUUAAAUAAUACAGGAAUUAGCACACUUAUGAAUUACCAAUCCAGCAGUUCAUUCAAUGCCGAAUGUCCACCAACAUCUUCAAUCUGUCUAGUCACAAUGCCAAAAGAAGCAUCAAAUGGACCACUUAUUACUUAUAUCAGUAGUACUACUGUAACACUUGAAAGUGAAAUCUCUUUGAAUAUGCGGUUUAUUGAUGUCGAUACCCCUGCCUAUACAUUGUUCGAUGAUAAAUACCUAGUACCCACUCAAGCCAGGUCCACAGAUAGCUAUGUAUUGUAUCAAUUCAGCGAAUGGGUUGGAGUCCACAAUUUCACACUAAAAAAUAUAGCCACUGGAGAAUCAUCUGAGCCUAUUGCAAUGACUUUCCAUGGUCCAAUUGUAUCAGGGGUCACUGUAAAUCCAAAUAAUAUAUCACAAAUCACAAUCAAUGGAACCUAUCUUGGAUUUUCUAACCUCGUCAACUACAAUAUUUAUCCAUUGGUAUUACCUGUGGUAACCGGAAUCUCUACCCAAUCAUUGUCUCCAACCAUCUACGAUUCUCAUGUAUUCAGAUACUUUAAUCUGGAGUUACCAAACGAUGCUCGUUCUGGACAAUUCAAAAUUACAGUUGCCGGUCAGACCAAUACUAGUAGAUUAGUAUUGCCACCGGUUGUAGAAUCAAUAACAAAGCUACCAGUUGUCGGAGGAGCAGUUACGAUAACCGGAAAGUUUAUUUCACCACUAUCUUACUCUGGAGAAUCUGUUUUACAGGCAUCAUUCGAUGGUGUUUUGUGUCCAGUGAAAUUGUUGAACCAAAACUAUCCAUUUAUGGUCGAAAUCUCCGGUGUUCCAGGAGGAAUUGGUUCAAAAUCACUCAAGCUCUACAACUUUAAAGAGUAUUUCAUUUACAAUGUUACCUAUCAACCGCCAACUGUUAUAUCUGCUUCAUCUACCUAUGAAAAUAUACAAGGUAAAGUUACUGUAUUUGGAACAAACUUUGCCAACAUAGGUUUGUCUGUGACAAUUGGUAACGCCACAUGUGCUAAUCCAACUGUGUUGGAUCCUAGCACUGGAACCAAGUUAGAGUGUGAUUUUCUAUCAAACGUUAAAGCCAAUGGUACUCUUGUUGUAAAUGUAACAGUUGGAGAUCAGUUUGGUUUUGCCGACAAAUUCAUUUACUAUCCACCUCCAUCUGUGUGUGUAGGAUGCAACACACAGAAUGGUCAAUGUGUAAAUGGUUACUGCAAGUGCAAUAUUGGAUAUGUUGGUAACAACUGUUCGAAUUCGAUUAACACAGAGAAUAAACUGACCCCAGUGAUUGACACUCCACAACCAAAGGAUAAUACAGUCACAGUUGUUCUAGGUUCCAACGAGAAGAACGUUCAAUUCAAUAUCUCCAUUCACACUAUCAGUGAGAUGAAUGAGAUAGGUGUAGCUGUUAAAACAUAUAAAUUCUCAGAUAUCAAGUGGUCUCUCGAGUCAACAACCGCAACUAAUAACACCUAUAACUACAUCGGUAAAUUCGAUUCCGAUGCCAAAUUGAUAAUUGCUGUCGAAAUUAUUGUAUUCACCAAUCAAACAGAAUACAACUUUGAAGGUGACAUCUUCCCGGUUCAAAACAACUCAAUGAAAUAUGUCAUCACCAUUACCAACUGGACAUUCGCAGAUAAACUCAACACAUUGGAGCUUGCAUUCCUCUCAAAGGCAGACACAAGUGAAACAAAAUGUGGUGGAGCUGUUCAACCUAAAUUCGGUGAUUCCUCUGUCAACAGUCUUAAAUCAUUGAGAACGAUGGAGAUUGUGCAAGGUGAUAUCAUUUUGACUGCCUAUUUCUCCGAUAGAAUGAUAUUAGACGGCAGAGUUGUAUAUAGCAAGGUAUCGGCUCCUACCGACGAAACCAAAGAUGGUUCUCUCUUUGUAUUGACAACAAUGUCGAUCCAGCAUUUUGAAAAUCAAGUAGUUCUAGAUCCAAGCUUUGCAGCACUACUUGUAUCCGACGAUGAAUCCGAAUGUUCAUCAUCCAACAAUAACUGGAAGUUACCUGUUAUCGUAGUAUGUAGUGUGGUGGGUGCCGUAUUGAUUGCGCUUGUAGUAACAGCCGUCAUUAAAAAGAAUUUCAGAUAUAAACUUAAAAGUGCAACCAUCAAGUUGAGAAGUCUUUCAAGAUCAAGCAAAAAAUAA